GUAUUUUUUAUUUCAGAAGGAAAGACUUGAGUACAGAAGGAAGCCAGGGAGUCCUGGUUCACUGCCAGCUCAGGGCGUGCCCGGAUGUGUCCCCCGUCCCUACCUGCCCCGUCCAGGCUGGGUCUGGACCAGGCAUGGAUGCCAUCCUGGCUCUUGUUGGCGACACUGAAAGACUAGGUGACCACAACAGCAGGUCAGGCCCAGGGGAGUGUAACAUCAGGGGUCCAGGGAUUAAGACAACUGGAAGUUUGAAGUUCAAACCUUGUUGGAGCUCACACCACCCACAGUGGUACUUUUUGAUUCAGUUUCCCACCGUGCUCCUCAGAUAGUCCUUGCCCCAAUGGCUGCGUCUGUCCGCUCAGUUUUGUUCAUUUUGGGCCACGAGGGCCUCCCACCGGCUGGACACACUGUCAAGCUCGGUGGAAACAAGGGAGGGGAAGGAGGCUGGAGGGAAAGAGAGAGGGGUGGUCUUCGCAUCCUUUGACCUAACAGCGCUUCCAGUCCGAGACGCAGCGCGGUGACAGAGGCUCGGCGCGCUCUCCACCGCGUCUCCGGCACAAAUUUCCACCCGGAUUUGGUUCUCGAAGCGUCUUCCUCCACAAAGUCAGAAGCUCCCGAGGCAAAUUUUCACACCCUCCCCCUCGCCCCGCACUGGGAAAGACGCUGCUGUCCUUUCUUUUUUUGGCAGCCAGCCACGGGGGCAGCGCCCUGUGGUGACCUUCCCAGGUUAAUCUGCCAAGACUUUGCAGAUGCCAGCACGUGACACUGGCCAGAGCUGGGGGUGGGGAGCUGCUUACAGCUCCAGCUUGUCUCGUCCCUUCGCACCCAGACGACCCCCCCCCCCCACGACCCAAGUUUGCAAAAACCUCCCCACACCUGCUGGGUCCGAACAAUCUGCAAACCAGAGCGGACCCGGGGUCUACGCGACCAGGGAAUCUGAGGAUCCCCCUUUCCCUUCGGGUUGGGACUCCCCCAUGAUAGUCCCCACUUCAGAGGUGCACUGCCCGCUGCGCUCCCCAGGUCCCAGGACCCCUAGGUGGACGGCUCCUUCGCGCAUCCCGAGGCCUCCGCGGCCGUGCGCCCCGGGGAUUCCCCGGUCUUAAACAGGCGGUGGCAGGUGGAGUCGGCCCCGCAGCCCAGGAUCCCCGAGAGGUGGAAAACGCGCUCUGAGCUUCCAGAGCGGCAGGAGGGACUGCCCCCACGCGGCCCAGAGGCCUGGCGUCCUGGACCGGGGCAGGCUUCGCGGGCGUCCACGGUCCUGUAGCUGGAAGAGGCUCAGCCCGCGGCGUCCCGGGACCCCACCUCCCCCGGGGCUCGCAGAGGGAGGGGCGGGGCCGAGCUUCUCGCAGCCCUGGGACAAAGAAUCCAGGUGCACUGUCCCCUCUGUCCUCGGAGCCCCCGCCUCGCUCUCAACUCCGGACAGGAACAGGCCUCCCGGCGGGGAACCCUGGAGCGGGCGGGUCCCCGUGCGCGGCGGCCCCGCCCCCCUCCCCGCGGAGCCCGGUCCCCGCCCGCUCGGCGCUCGGAAAGCCCCCACGGCUCCGCCCACCCCCCCCAGGGGCUUUGCAGCUGCCUCUAGUGACUUUCUCGCUGAGCGCAGCCGCGUGGUGCUGGUUUCCGCCGCGCUGGGACGCGCGUGCCGUUGCUAUCCUGGGGACGUAGGGGGCGAGUAGCGCUGACCCUGGUGAGCGCCCCAGGUCCCCGUCUCCCGGCCAGCGCCCCGGCCCCCGGCCCGCGUCCCGGCCGCCGGCAUGGUGCUGCUGGCCGGGCCCGGGCCGGAGGGCGGAGGGGCGGGCUGCUUGAGCCCGCAGCCGCCGUCCCCACCCCGGGGUGCGCAGGUCGAGGAGGAGCCCGUUGAGUACGAGGAAUACGAUGACUUCUCGAGUCUUCUAGACACUCGCAGCAUCGCUUCGGACGACUCUUUCUAUCCUUUCGGAGACGAGGAGGAGCGCUGCGCCGAGAGCUCGGAGAGCGUCCCGGAGGGCAUCCCGGAGGCGGCGACCCUCCUGCGCGCCGCCUGCGCCAACGACGUGGGGCUGCUGCGGGCGCUGGUGCAGCAGGGGCCGAGCGUCAAGGAGGUGCAGGAGACCGAUCGCAAUGGCCGGACUGGCCUCAUUGUUGCCUGUUACCAUGGCUUUGUGGACACCGUGGUGGCCCUAGCAGAGUGUCCCCACAUUGACGUCAACUGGCAGGACAGCGAGGGGAACACGGCCCUCAUCACAGCCUCCCAGGCAGGGCACGCCACCAUCACCAACUACUUGCUGAACUAUUUCCCUGGUCUUGACCUUGAAAGGAGGAACGUGUUCGGGUUCACAGCUCUGAUGAAAGCCGCCAUGCAGGGACGGACAGAUUGCAUCCGAGCCCUGAUGCUGGCAGGGGCAGAUGUCCACGCGAGGGAUCCCCGGCGCGGGAUGUCGUCCCAGGAGUGGGCCACUUACACGGGUAGGGUGGAGGCGGUGCGUCUCAUGCAGAGGCUGCUGGAGCGGCCUUGCCCGGAGCAGUUUGGGGAAAAGUACAAACCGGAGCUGCCGCUGCCCCUGGAGGCGGCUGUGAAGCCCGCAGGUUCCAAAAACUGCUUGCAGAGGCUCACGGAGUUCGUGCGCUCUGCGCUGACCUCCCGCUCCAGUCCAGGCCUAGAGGAUGGCGGUGUCUUGGACCACAUGGUCCGCGUGACCACAAGCAUCUACAGCCCCGCCGUGGCCAUCGUCUGCCAGACUGUGUGCCCCGAGAGCCCUCCAUGUGUGGGGAAAAGGCGACUGGCGGUGCAGGAAAUCCUGGCGGCUCGCAGGGAGCAGGACGCCCCAGCCCAGGAGAGGGACAAGGUGGAGGGGACUGCACGGGAGUUAUGGACCUCGCAGAGCGCGGGGGUCACCCCGCCUCCUGUCCACCCUCCAGGGGGCCGGGGGGCCGGCUCGCGCAAGGCCAGCCUCCUGCCCCUGCAGCUGCUGAGGCGGAGCAGCGUGCGGCCGGGCGUCGUGGUCCCCCGGGUGCGCAUCAGCAAGGCGCCGGCGCCCACCUUCCAGCCCGAGCGGCCGGCCCGGAAAGCCAGCACCAAGGACAGCGCCCACCUGCAGAUCCCCAAGUGGCGGUACAAGGAGGCUAAGGAGGAGAAGAGGAAGGCGGAAGAGGCGGAGAAGAAGCGCCUGGCCGAGGAGCAGAAGGAAAAGAAGGAAAGGCGUGGGGUGCCCUGGAGGAAGAGGACGUGAGGGCCUGGCCUGGAGGGGCCAGAGGCUUGUGGGUGCAGAGCCUGGGGCGGCGCUGGGCUGUGAGGGCGCUACCCUCUUGGGGCUCAGUGAGGAAGGGUGGGAGCACUGCAGCGCCGCAUGGGCCGUGCUGUGACACCCCCAGGACCCACCCAGGAGCGCAGAUCUCCAAAUUGUCUGUUCGGGCUGCUUGCAUAGAGGAUUGGAGAUGGCACAAACCAAUUUGCCUAAAAUCAGUCCCCCAGCAAUCAGCACACUCCAUGGGCAAUUUGCCUAAAAGUCUCCCUUUAAAGAACCUCAAUUAAGAAUAUUUUUAGUCUAAUUUAUCAAGAGCGUUUUCUGUAUAAUUUUGUAUUUUUAAUCAUUAUUUAUCGAAUUUGCAGCACUUUAUGAGUGAUGAGGCUCUUUGUAUUUAAGGCAGUUUUAACAUAUUUGUCUGAAGAUGCUUUGUUUAAAAUUCUGUUUCUAGCAAUAAAUAUUUGGGAUAUCUGUAUGAUUAACACGUGUAGUGAGCUGUCCGGUUCUAUCCCUGCUUGUUGGUUCCCUGUGCCCUGAAUGUUCUUUCUUUUCUUUUCUUUUUUUUUGAGACAGAGCCUCAAGCUGUUGCUCUGAGUAGAGUGCUGUGGCAUCACAGCUCACAGCAACCUCCAUCUCCUGGGCUCAAGCGAUUCUGCUGCCUCUGCCUCCCAAGUAUCUGGGACUACAGGCACCUGCCACAACACUCAGCUAUUUUUUGGUUGCAGCCGUCAUUGUUGUUUGGCAGGCUCAGACUGGAUUUGAACCCGCCAGCUCAGGUGUAUGUGGCUGGCGCCUUAGCCGCUUGAGCCACGGGCGCUGAGCCGAAUGUUCUUAUUAAUUAGGUUAAAUGAUGACCAGCACUUGCAUUUGAUGGUGGCAUUGACUUGUACAGCAAAGUAGUCAAGUGAGACAGGCAGAUCUGAUUUCAUCAUCUCUUGUUUUGGAAACUCUCUUUUCCAGGCGGUCGUAUAAUGAAGAAAAACAUAAUGUCAAAUUACAGAACAGUGCAAAGGGAAACAUGUAUUUAUUGCUAGAACUGAACUCAUUUAAAGCAAAGUAUUUUAUAUAAACUGCAUACAACAUCUUUAACAUAUUAAAAAAUAGAUAUGAGGGAAAAAACCCAUCGUUUCGUGAAAUGGGUGCAAAUUUAAUAAAUAAUUGCCAGAAAUACAAAAUUAAGUCAUAUGUGCUCUUAGAGAACUUGAAUUCAGAUAUCCUUAAAAUGUAAAAGAGACGCAAAAAGAGUAAAAGCUCAGAUGAUGCAGAUGACCCAGGUGGGGCUGAGGGGGUGUAUAGAAGAGCAGGUCGAGCAGUCUGGAACAGUAGGAUCAGGCUGGAAUAGUAGGCAAAUUCGUUUCAGGCAGAUUCUCGUGGAGCGGACUGGGCAGCUGCCUCCUCCAGACCUAGCUCCCAGUUCCAGAGAGUUCUUUGUGUGGAUGUAACUUUUACUUUCUUGUGUGACUGACACUGAUGUUUAGCUGUCUUCAUGCAGACUUUAUAGUGUUUCUGAGAAGUGAUUUGCCCGGGGCUCCAAGCAAAUCACAGGGGGUUUCUGUCCCUACUUUAAUCUCCAAGGCACUGAGAUGUUCUGAUUCUAAUGAGUGUCUGGCCUCAUGGGUUGGAGAGUAGCUUUCACAUGUGCACUUUAAAUAUUUAAUUUAAGUACAUGGGAGUGAUAGAGUUAGAAUAUUAUAGACCAGUCCCUCUCUCCAGAUUGGGGUUACCUCUGCCACCCGCCUGUGCGCAGCCCUGCCCCUUGGUCUCGUGCAGUGGGGUCCAGGCAGCUCCUGCAGCUCUGCUUAUGAGCAGCUGGCCCAGCAUUUCUCAUUUUUGCCACGUGGAAGCAGAUUCUCUUGCAGAGGAAAUUUCCAGGUCAAGGAGAGUGCUGCCAAACUCCGAAGGCUCGGGUUUCACUCUUAUGUUUUCAUUGUCUUUGGAGUGGGUGGGGAGUAGGCAGAAAGGGAAGUCAGGGUGCUUCUCCACUGGGCAGCGUUUGGAGUUCUUCCCUGGGGCAGGGGAGCCCUGAAGGAGCACAUGGUCAGGCGGACAGUUGUCUACACAGUUGGACCCUCCAAUCAUGCUUGUUUGAAGUGACAGCAUCCCGGGGGGGUGAGGAGAAGGGGGCACAGAGGAAAUGGGUUUGUCUGGCUGCCUUCGCUGAAAGCACGUGAGCUCAGUUACCUUGGGUGGGUCUGUGGGGUCAGUGUCAGGGUGAUCUGAUGAGCUAGUCCGUACUGAAGAACAUACACUAAGUUCCCGUCUGGGUAAGGAACUCAUCAGAGAUGCUGUGGUCAUCUGGACCCUGAGGAAGAGAGAAACACCCCUGAGGCUUCCUGAAUGAUCUAGAGGCUUCAGAGUCUAGUGCCAGCUUCUCCUCAUUCCUUCUCAGUGGGCACCUUCAGGCAUCAAGCCGUCAGGGACUUCACACUGACCUCUGCAAAAAUCUGGCAUCCUUUGAGAACAUUGGUCAUUUUUGCCGCUUUGAACAGCUGCAUUUACUCACUGAGGGGUCACCUUCCUGACCCCCAUGUCAUGUGGGGAGGAGGGGACCUGGUAGGCCCUGACUCUCUUUCUCCUUGCCUGUCAGGCCACUACAGCAUCCCUUCUGGCUGUGUCACCAUGUCACCACCUGCGUUCCCCGCCACCCCCUGCCUCCUCCCAUUCUCAUUUGCCUUUUCUUCCUUUCUCUUCUUCUCUCUGUUGGCUGAGUUUCUUGAUCAUCUGUGGCACCACCUCUUCCAAGAGCAGAACAGCAAGGGGCUCGUAGGAGGCAGCACAGUGUCCCUGCCAGGUCAUCCAGAGGGGAUGGAUGGCAGACCUUGCUGGCUUCUGUGCUGGGGGCUUAGAAUUUUGCACAGCUGUCCUCUUCCCCUUUUGCUGGGAAGGGAGACCUGGUUUUCUCCUGACAUGUGACAUGACAGUCCCUGCCAUGCAGAGAGAGAAGGCUCCAGGUCUCUGCUCACACCCCCCCCUUAUGUUUAUUAACUGUAAAUAGUGAAGUUCACGUUGACAGGUACCUUCUCAGGGAUUUAUGUAUAAAUAUAGUUAGAGGAAAAGUUAAAGUGUGUUAAUACCUUUUAGUGUUUGAGUAAGUGAUGCUUAAACUUGAUGGAAGUAAUGUUGCUAAGACAAUGUUGAUAUUGCUGCUGAUGCGGGAGACCCCUGGCCUCCCCGUCAGUUGAGAUUUCCUUGGUUAUUGGAGAUGAGGACUCUGGUGCUGCAGUGUCUUUGGGGUGGAUGGGAGGUCACUGCAGGGCCUCUGAUUUCCUCCUGUGUGUGUGACCCUGGUAUUAACAACAACAAGGACAUCCACCUCAGGUGAGUGGAGGUGGUUGAUGGAGGACACAGAUAGGCUCUUUGUCACUUGUACCUCCAGAGCUGUCCCCCCAUCUGACAUAGAGCACGUGGAGUAAGGAGGACAGUUUUUUCUACUUUCUUCUGUGAAUAAAGUGCCCCAUAGUCAGCCCUGCACUAAACUCAUCAGAAAGGAAGAGGGAGCGGCUGGAACGGCUGGUCUGGAAUUCCCUGGGUGUGCAAGGCCGUCCCUCUGCUGCGCUGGAGAAGUGCAGCCCUUAAUGUCAUGGACCUUUGAUCUCUUCUCACUCCCGACAGGCUGUGGCCUCACUAGAUUGCUCGGGAGUAUGAAGAUAAAACUGUGGCGCCUUUACCAUCGCAGCCAUGACCUCCUGGGCAAGAGGACAGAGGGGUUCAAGAUGGGAUUUGUGGACAUGGGAGGGCCAAGUCAGGUGGCCUCUGCCACUUCCCUCUCCAUGGUCAGGAUGACUGGGUCUCUGCAGUAGAGAUGAGGUUGUCAGGAAGAAUCCUGGGGACCGAGUUAUUACGAAGGAACAAUUCCCAGAGUAAGUGAGUGAACCCAAACUAGGACCGUCCCCAGGGGCCUGCUGGCAGGAGCACUGCCCUUCCUUCGUGCACAUGACCUAGAAUGAUGACACUGUCUGUCUGUAGUUCGCCUUGGCACCUACGUUCACUCCUGCCCCAGCUCAUGCUGUCCUCUCCCCAGGCACGUAUCCCAGAGCUUUGCACUUGCUCUUUUUCUGACAUUCAGGCCUUUCCCAAGGUGGUCAGAGUUAACACGGGCUUGUAAGUGAUAAAGUACUAGCAUUUUUUUCUCUUUUACAAUAUUUGGGGAAAUUCUAACACACUCCCCAAGCAUUGGCUCAGGACCCUGGUCCUCCCAUUGUGGGUAACUGUUUUUGGCAUCUGUACCCGGUGUGGGUGUGCCCCCCCCCCCCAAGAUCCCCCAGGGCCCUGUUCCUGCCUGUUCUUGGUUUCCACCCCAGCCAGGCAACUAUCUGGAGGGUCGUGGGCUUCUGGGGAAGGAUAGGCAAACCCUGAUCUCAGUAGAUCCUUAUAAAACAGUCACAUUGAUGACAACCCCUGCAGCUGGUGAGAUCCCACCACAGUGGGGCGCUGUUCACCACCAAGAGCUUCAGCAGGAACAGUUCCUUCCCAAAUGCCGAUGCUGUCUUCUCCGUUUUGCCCCUCUAGAUGCCCUUGGAACUUGGUUUACGUGUCUGUAUGUUAACUCUCGAGUCAGCUACUCAUUUCUGUGCCCUGGAAUUCACAUGUUUUUUCAUUAACAUUUUAAAUAAGUCACUAAAAAAAUUCCUCUGGAGGUUGUGUUUGAAAGAAACAGAAAAAAGGAAAACACACACUGCCUGGAUUGAGUUGACUAAUGUUCCAGCGACCCAGCUGCAUGCUGGGCUGCGGGCACACUUGCCUUCCUGACCCAGCCUGAAGUAAGACGUGACAAAAGGCCCAGCCCUGCUGUGCUCUGACUGCCCUUGGCAGUGUGUGUGUGUGGGGACAGUAUGUGCUAAGGUGUGAGUGUGUGCAGGUGUGCACGUGCACAUACACAGGUGAGCUGUGUGCUCACAGAGGUGAUGCUGUGGCGUCUCUGUGGCCCCAGGGGAUGUCUGAUGUGACCUGUCUUGAUGGCGUGUGUUCAGUGGGAUCUUGCCCUGAGGACCCACUGGGAACCCUCUAUCCGUGUGGCACGUAAUAUGGUUAGAGUUGUCAUGACCCAGGUCUUUUCAUUGGAAGGUGGUGCUGACCCAGGAGCUCUUACAGAGCCUCUCUGGGCCCAGACCCAAGAGGAUUCCCUCCGUGGAGAGUCACACAGCUCGGAUGCAGAGUGGGGGCUGCAGGGCAGGGGCUGAAUCCCUUGAAAUUUGGCACCAGUUUAACCCUGGAAGCAACUUCUUAUCCUGAGGAAGCACUGGAAUUUCCUCAAGUCAGCCUAAGUAUUUGAUACUACAAUCAGUGCUAACACAACUUGGCUUUUGAGAAAAAUAGUUUCAUCAGAGCACUACAUUCUUCUGUUUUAUUAUUUGUUUCUAUUAAAUCAAAGCUGUGUACAUUAAUGCAGUCUCAAGAAUAGAAGAAAAAGUAUCCAAUGUACUCAACCCUACUAUGAAACUAAUUUAUAGCUUUCAUGUGAAAGCUAUAACCCAAUUAUAGCACAAGAGUAUGGGGAAAGGGGGGGAGAGGUGGGGAGGAGGCAGGAUGGGUGGAGGGAGGGUAAUUGGUGGGACCACACCUACGGUGCAUCUUACAAGGGUACAUGCGAAUCUUUUUUUUUUUUUUUUUUUAAAGAAAAUGUAGGAGGAAAUUAAAAAAGGAGCCAACCAUUUCAGGUAGAGCACUGUUCUGUGCUGACCUGAUGCUUUAUGAAGUUUUGGGACAUAGUAAUUGAGGCACCUUCACACCAGUUUUUGAAGCAACCCUUCUAGAAGCUGGUUUAGAGCUGGACAGCUAUGUAUACCCUUGGUGGAAAUGGUAAAAGGCUGCUACAGACCCAGAAAUGUACCCAGCAGCCCUGCGAGCCUUUGGGAUGUCCUAGGCAUUUUGACCAUUACCCCUCCCUUCCCCCAUUCAAAUGAGCAGUAAACGCUAAUCUCUGAGAUUUCUUUCUACAAAUGGUGGUUCUGCUUGGCAUUUGCUGGGUGUCAAGGUCCUGUGUUUUUAAUUAUAGUGACUUGAUGACAGUGUAAGACUUGGACAGACUUUGGCACAGGCUUCAAGUGACAUCAGCUUGGUAUAAGCUCUGUUUUCUGAAUGUAAACUUAUUUUCACUGUCAUUUCUAAAAGUCCCGUAGGGGUACAGAUAUUGUAAAAAUGUCGAAUACGGAUAUAUUAAUAAUUGUGUACAUUUUGUAGUGUUUUAUGUUAAAGUGAGAGUUUUGUUAUAGUUUAUAAAAGAUAUUUUCUUAUUCAGACCUCAGGGCUAUUUUGGGACCUACAAACAAAUGUGACCCCCAGCAGCUUCAACUUUUGAUAUUCAAAAGAUGAAUAAUCUUUAAGUUAAAUAGGAUGUGAUAUUAUUCAGAGGAAAGAAUGUGCUUUUUCCCUUUUAACUUUUUACAAAUGCUGUGACUAAUAUUUAAAAAUUAUAAAAGUGAGUUAUGGUCAUGUAAAAAUGUAGGACAUUGUAGCUAAAGAAUUAAAAAUCACUUGCAAAAUAAACAUUCUUGUGAUACAAAAGCGUGACAUUUGAAUAAACUUUGCGUACA